UUUGCAAUGUGGGAGAGAGGGAGGCCACUUUUUAUGGCUAACGAAUAAAACAAAGCACGUUUAUGUGUUGAGGACAAAGAGCGUCGAGACUUUCCGUGUCAGUCAUGGAGGAGAUCAGCAAUGUAGCUGUACUCAUCACACAAUCCUCCUCUUCCUCCUCCACUCCAUCAGCACUGGGAUCCCUCUCUCAGACCCAAACCCAGCAAGAGGAGGACGCCCCCCAGAGUUUUCAGCAGAAACAAGCAGCAGAUUCUCUGAUCCAGGUCAUUGAGAAGCUCAGCAAAAUUGUGGAGAAGCGGCCCCAACGCCGCUGCACCGUCGCAGGACAGAAAAGAGCCUCCUCUGCAGUGGGAGGAGGAGCUGAGGAGGGGACGAGGGGGAGCAGAGGAGGCUCUCCCUAUAAGAAAAUCAAGAGGACGUUUAAGGGGCAGGAGAGUGAAGAGGAGGUGCGAAUAGAUGGCAGCACGGCUGAUGGCGCUCGUUCUUCUCCCGUGUCAAGUGACAGUAACAAUGACAUCACCUCCAUGUUAACAGAGGUAGCCGGCAACCCAAAUGGCAGCAACCACAAGCGGACAGUGACGUGCUAUCAGUGCAGCCUGUGCCCCUAUCUCUCCCAAACGCUGCCCCUGCUGAAAGAACACCUGAAACAACACAAUGAGCAGCACAGUGACCUCAUCCUCAUGUGCUCUGAGUGUCGCUUUACCUCCAGAGACCAGAGGCAGCUGGAGGCACAUGUCAGGCAGCACUUCGACAAUGGUGGCAACCUGAGGACAAAUUCCACUCUGACAGACACCUACAGCGAGUGCAAAGAAGAGGUUUUAAGGAGUCCGGAUGGGGACUGGACUGGGAGCAGUGGCAGUAUGGGAUCCGAGGUGAUCAAAAGUUCAUUGGACGGUUCCAAGGAGCUAGCGCAGAAAAAGAAAUGGUAUAGCUACGAGGAGUAUGGAUUGUACCGUUGCCUGAUCUGCAGCUACGUUUGCAGCCAGCAGCGAAUGCUCAAGACCCAUGCCUGGAAACACGCUGGCCUGGUUGACUGCUCUUACCCCAUCUUUGAGGAUGAAGAUGGAGCUACGGCAAGGAGAGAGGUCCAGGCUACAGCUAACACUGCUGCAACCAGAGAGGAAAUAGUUGUUUUUUCCCCAGUUCUUCAAGAUAAAAGCCUGCAAAAGCUGCCCACGGCCUUCAAGCUCCAGCUCUGUGUGCCAAUGGCUGUUGAGAACAAAAGGGAUGUGUUGAAUCAUCCUAUUUCUAAUGAAAUUCCAAAAACAGAGGAGGAGGAGGAAAGUGUGUACCCUAUCAAAGACCUGACCUCUGAGGAGCCCAUGGUGGAGGUGCAGGUGACGACAGAGGCGGAGUCUGAGGUGGAGAUUGAUAAUCACCAUGAUAGCACCUCUGUCACGGACAGCUUACUAUCAUCAGCUCAGAAGAUUAUCAACAGCAGUCCCAACAGUGCCGGCCACAUCAACGUGAUUGUAGAACGCCUUCCUUCAGCUGAGGAUUCAGUCAUGGCGACUAACCCACUUCUUCUCAGCCCAGAUGCGGACAGGGAUAAGAGCUUACUGGAUGCAGAGGUUGAGAAGCGGGACCGUGUGGGAGCUGUGAAGGAUGAAGUGGUCCCUGGCUGCACAUCUGACAGCCAGCCUUUAGCAUCUGAUAUCAAAUCCUCUGUCGCUAUGGGUAGCGACUCGCCACGAGAUGAAAACAUCCCCCCAGCUGGGCGCAAGAGGACUCAUUCUGAGUCGCUCCGCCUUCACUCUCUGGCAGCUGAGGUCCUGGUAGCUAUGCCUAUGAGGACCCCUGAGCUUCCCACCUCUAGCAACAAGGUAAGUCUGAAAACAAUUACAGCCCAGGCCCAGAGCCCAAACACGGUCCAGAAACCUGUAGAUGUGACCACAGCAGGACCGAAGGCCUCUGACGUAGGAACAACGGCUGCUUUAUUGGACUUGGAGCUUCAUAGUGAGGGCAGAGAAGAAGAUUUGGGCUCCCUGUGCCUGGGGGAAGGAGACGAGGAGGGCCCUGCCACUAAAGCCGGCAUCAGCCUGUCACUUCUCACUGUCAUCGAAAGACUGAGAGAGCGCUCGGACCAGAACGCCUCAGAUGAGGACAUCUUGAAAGAGCUUCAGGACAACGCACAGUUCCAAAAUGGAGCCGUAGCCGGUGUGGUCACAGGGAACGGAGCUGGGAGUUACAUGUGUAGCAUCCCAGGAAUGGACGGGUUGGUCACAUCUCCUGACGGUGGUCUGGUGGACUUCAUACCUGGCAGUGACAGGCCAUACCGGUGCCGCCUGUGUCGCUACAGCAGCGGCAAUAAGGGCUACAUUAAACAGCACCUACGGGUGCACAGGCAGAGGCAGCCGUAUCAGUGUCCCAUCUGUGAACACAUCGCCUCAGACAGUAAAGACCUCGAGAGCCAUAUGAUUCACCACUGUAAGACCAGGAUGUACCAGUGUAAGCAGUGCCCAGAUGCCUUCCAUUACAAGAGCCAGUUAAGAAAUCAUGAAAGGGAGCAACACAGCUUCAGUGGUGACACGGCAGCCCUCACACCAGUCACUGAAACCGUGGCCAUGGUGGAGGAAGCUGAGCGGGUAACAGAUGAAGAAUGUGGUAUGCAGAAGAUGUAUAAGUGUGAUGUGUGCGACUACACCAGCUCUACAUAUGUUGGGGUGAGGAACCACCGCAGGAUUCAUAACUCUGACAAGCCUUAUCGGUGUUGUAGCUGUGAUUUUGCUACCACCAACAUGAACAGUUUAAAGAGCCACAUGAAGAGGCACCCUCAGGAGCACCAGGCCGUGCAGCUGCUGGAGCAGUACAGGUGCUCUCUGUGUGGCUAUGUGUGCAGUCAUCCCCCGUCACUCAAAUCCCACAUGUGGAAGCACGCUGGAGACCAGAACUACAACUACGAGCAAGUUAACAAAGCCAUUAAUGAGGCCAUCUCCCAGAGCAGCCGAGCCCCUCAGAAGUUGUCGGCGGUGCUGGAGUCAGUGGCAGAGCGCCCUGCAGUGGCCCAGCCCUCAAAGGACAAGGCAAAGGGCCCAGUGGAACCACUGCCAACACCCACAUCAGUGACGACGACAACAACAACAACAACAACAGCAGCAGCUGGCCUGGCUGUGGACAGCUCAGCAGGCCUGCCCACCACAGACCCUUCACAGUGGCCUGGUGAAUCCCCAAGCCCCCAGGGGAAGGACCCUGCACAGCUCCAGUCUCAGUCCCAGAGCCAGCCACGCACAGGCCAGGCCCCCCUCCCGGGCCCCGGCAUGGAAUACUGCGUGCUUUUGUUCUGCUGCUGUAUCUGUGGCUUUGAGUCAACCAGUAAAGAGCGGCUGAUGGAGCACAUGAAGGAGCACGAGGGAGACAUCAUUAGCAUCAUCCUCAACAAGGAGCAGCAGCAACCAGAAGCACAAGCAGGCCUCCAAACUGCAGAGUGAGAGCUGCCCUCCCCUCCCUCUCUUUAUAUUAACACUGACGCUGCACUCUUACAACCAUCUGCUGCCCACAAAAGUAUUUCAUUAUGUUUCUUUACCUCAAGGUGGUCACGGUGGAUAUCAAGGUGUAAACAUUUCACAUCUACUGUACUAUAGUAGUUAAUUGUCAUUUCUCAGAAUGUUCUCUGGUCAGGUUGGUUGUGCUAUCGAAGAGUUCCAACUGUCACUGCUGUCCAACGCAGACGCCUUGAACAGGUGUCAAGGGAAAUUGUGAAAUUAUUUUCUGAGUGGCAUAUCCUUUGAAAGGAAUGUUAAAAAAACUUGUAACAUUAAAAUAAUGUUAGAACCCAUUUUUGUCAAACAACUUGACAUUAAAGAGACACAAAAUGUGUCUGUAGGGAAGCAAUUGUAAUUCUAAGGGACAAACCCGAGCUCUAAUCCAAGUUUAUUUUUCAAUAUACAGGGACAUGUUCAUACCUCACAAAACCAAACAAUCCCUCACCAGAAAUGGAAAAAAAAGAUUCACAUAUUUUCCAGUCUAAUUCAUGUAUUGACCGUAAGGCAGCUCUUUUAUUGCUACUGUAAUAUUUAAUGUAUUUGAUCCGACACCGUUGAGGCUCUAGCCUAGUUAAGGAGGUACGUGUUCAAACUCACCAAUGCCUAAAGGCAUGCAUCACAGCUUGAAUAUGAUUUCAUAUUUAUCAGUUUAUUUUUAUGCAUGUUUCUUUUCUGCCAAUUUAAAGAGGCAAAUGUUAAUUAUUAUUUGCAUUUUUGUAUGUAUGAGUGACUGUAAUUUUACCUGUUGGAUCGUUUAUAAGGAAAAGCAGUGUCAUUAGAGGAGAAAGUCAGAGUUCUCAAAGGAAGAGCGGAAGUUGACCAGAGUUUGAUGAUUGUAGUCUACCAGUGAUGCGACUAUUGGGUUUAAGGCAUGUUGACUAAAAAGGAAUGAUCAAAAGGGAAGUUAGCUUAGGUAGGGCUGUUAUUGUAAUCAAAUGGUGCCUAGAUAUUUGAAAGCAGGAAUAUGUAUUGAAUCAGACACACCUGUUUUCACCUGUGAUUGUGGUGCUAGGCUCACUUUAAGCGUUGUCAUUGAAGGUGUAGUCUUUUUUUUUUUUAGCCCAUGCAAUUUCUGUUGUAUAUAAUAACAUUUUUAUAAUAACCUUUGCUCUUUUCUGUCAGUGUUUUUAAAAUACAAACUUUUUAGUGUCAAACUUGAAAUGGCUGCUGUCCCAUCUAACAAACAUGACUGAAAUAAGAAGACAUGGAUGUGAAAAUAAAGUUUGGAAGGCGACAUGUUUUAUUGAGGUUUAUUGGCGCAGUCCUCCCAUGUGCUCUCAUGUGAUUGACUGGAAGCAGGAGUGUAAUAUAAGGAUAAUAUCAGCUCUGAUCGGGAAACACUCAACUCAGCACAGUGUAAUGACGAUACCUUGAUCAAUGAAGGCUUGGUGUUUACCGUGAUGGAUCGACUCACUGGGUGGAAGUUAUUUUUCAUGCAGAAUGAGCAGCAGCAAAUGGCUUUUUCUGAAAGGAGAAAAAUUGAACCUUAAUAUCUCAAAUGAUACUGACUGUGCUGAAAACACCUGGCUUAAUGUGCAGGAAAGGAGUACUGGCACAACUCUUGCUAUUUGCUCACCCACAUGCGUGUUAGGAACAACCAAAAUAUGUCUUGCACAUAAAUGUUGAGUCACGUCAAACUGUGCCAUUCGAUUGCUAUGAUUGGUGUCACUGGGAAGCCUUACAGGAGAACAUUCAUGCUUCUGCCACAAUCUUGCCAGAAAAAAACCCUUUUACAUCUCAUCCAAACAUUGAAAUUAACAGAAAAUUAAACACAGACUGAAGAUUAUUCUCUGUCAGCAUCUCAAGCUGUCUAAUGAAUCACGCAGUCCUGUCAGGCAGUCAUCAGUAUGUCAUCCACAUAGACGGAGGCUGAGGAAAUUAAGAUAAAAUGGAAUAUCCAUAAUUCAUGGGCCCCCUACUCCACCUGACAUAACAUCUUGAAAUUGUGUCUGCACGUGUGUGUAGCAUAGUGGAUAAAACCAAAUUAAAUCUCUAUCUCAAAGACCUUGUUACCUGGGAUGGAAUUCUCAUUAUCAAAGAGGGGAAUGAUUGUCUGGCUUUUAAUUUACAAUGCUGCAUGGCAGAAUUAGGGAAGUUUGUGACAUGUCUAUACUUUAAAGGAUAAAAUAAAAGUGGGACUUGAGUGCUCCACCCGUCUGAUAAACCUGGCAUGCAUGUGAACGAGCAGUGAGAGUUAAAGGCUGGACAGACACACCCCAGCUCUCUCCUCUCUGUCAUGUGGGGAUCCUCUAUUAAACUUGAAUGGCCUGCUGGUCCCACUGACCUGCUAUACUUAACUUAGUUGUGAGCACACAGUUCUCUUUUGCAAUGAGGAAUUAUUAGCAAUAUUUCAGGUGCAAUCAGUUUUGGUUUUACUUUGGUAAAAAAAUAAAGUGGUUAAGAUAAUCUGGCUAAACUGUUGGGUUAUGUGUAACUGGUAUGAUUGUGUUCCAUGCCCUGCAGUGCUUUGCUGAGGCAAUUUCGUCAUGUUCUGAAAUCUUAGCAAUUAAAUGGUUUGCCACAUAUUUUUGUUAAGUGUCAGCAAAUUCCAUUAAAAGACCAAAACCAGCAGCACAUUACUGCAGUGAUACUCAACUUACAACCUGUGGGCUGCAUUUGGCUCAUGAUGGGAUGCCACGUGGCCCGCUAACCAUUUUCUUAUUCACAAUGAAAAUAAAUUGAUUCAUAGUGAGAAUGUAAAUGAGGCGCCAGAGUUAAUUUAAAAAAUAGUGCAAGGAGAGGAUCCCCCUGACCCUCCGACAGAGUUCUGAGCUAAAACCUGAAUGUCCUCAAAUCCUAAAAACACCCCUGCUUACACCUGACCUGUUCGGGGCAGCUGCGACUGGGUUUGCCUCUUGGCAAAGAUGAGUGAGGAAGGCCAGUGUCAAGGUUGAAAACAGACAGUUCAUCAAUUAUAUAUCCAGACAUGGAAAAAAUGAACAAGCGGUCAUGUCGCAUCAACUUUUAUACUGACUACAACAUUUCAAGUAAAGUGAAAUAAUUUCAGAUAUCUUUUAGUAACCUAACAAAUAAAGACAAUAAAACUACUUGUACUGCAAGUUUAAGCUCACAGCUGGCAAAUAACAUCUUGGGUCAUUCCCCUGGUGGCAACUGCAUAUAGGUCAAGUGGGAUUUUGCAUGUAGUGAUAUUUUCCAUUUAGUGUCACAAAUUGCUAAAGUUUGUCAACACAGGCUGCAGACACUGCAAGUAUGAAAGCAAGUGUCUCUUUACCACUCUGAGAACGUGUGGAUUUUCCCUGUUCACACGGUUCCAUUUCCCUCAGACUUAAUUUGCACCACAGCUACAAAACUUUGUGCCAUAUUAGCUGUUUUUACAAACAAGAAUUGUCUUUUGUUUUAGUUAAUUGUGCCUUUUGGUUCAAGGUAAUAUUUGUGUUGAAACUAGAAUUUUUUACCUCUCUGCCACAACGUCAGUCACAUGUCUGAAUGUGCUAGCCAUAGAUCUAUAUUUUGAUUUGGGCACACAAUACUCAGCCAGCUCUAUUAAAGUUGAUUAUUGUGACAAUUUCACUGUCUGACCUCAAUAUGUUUUCCAUAGAGGCAAAUCCACGUUUGUUUUAUCCAGCAGUUUUAGUGUCACUGAAACAAUAAACCAAGUAUGUGAAACAGCUCUUUCUUAAAUGACUAGCUAAUGAGCUCAAACACUUUCCUAAUGUAUUUAAAGUGUGUACAUAUUGUAGAUGAAAACUGCAGAACCUUAAAACUGACAUUUUUAAAAGAUAUAAUCUAUUUUUAAUGAUCUUGUAAAAAAAACAACAAAAAAAAACAAUUGAGACAAAAAAAAAGUUUUAGAAUAAAUUUUGGCUCUGUUCAUAUUUACUGCUAGUGUAUUCAAGGGAACUGACGGUUUUGAGCUAAACACAGCAAACAAAAUGAGCUGCGUGUAUUUAAAGCAAAGGAGGUGGAGCAGAUAACAUGUCUGUCCUGAUCAGUGUAUUUUUGCUUAUAUUCAAUUUUGUAAUAAGGUUCAACAUGGAAUUGCUUCAGACAGCAGUGUGACACUUGCUUCAUGUUUAUUUAUUUUUAGAACAUCAUAAGCAGUAUUAUGUCACUACUUUGCCAUUGUAUUUUUGGUAAUAAAGACAGAAAUGAAUGAC